AUGCUACGGCUCACGUCGGACCAUUUUCCAGUCUUCGUUCCAUUGGGAGUCAUAGGCUUCUACCGCUACCUAUGGUUCUUCAUCCGCAUAGCCGCAGCCUUCACCUACCGUCCCAUCCCUCUCCCCGAGAACCCGACCUACCUCGCCGAGGAAGAUGUCACGAUUAUUGUGCCCACCAUCGACGCCGGCGAGGAGUUUAAGGAGGCCGCGCACAGCUGGCUCUCCGGCAAGCCCAAGGAGAUCCUCAUCGUCACCGAGGAGAAGAUGCUCGGGCCCCUCCAGGCCCUCGCCGACUCCGUCGACCCGACGCGCAUCCGCGUCCUCACGGUGCCAUACGCCAACAAGCGGCUCCAGAUGGCACAUGGUAUCCGGCACACGCGCACGGACAUCAUCGUAUUCGCAGACGACGACGCAAUCUGGCCACCGACGUUGCUCCCCUACGUCCUCGCGUGCUUCGAGGACCAGCGCGUCGGAGGCGUCGGCACGGGCCAACGUGUGCAGCCCGUCGGUACGCGCAUGACCGUCUGGGAGGUCCUCGCCGCGUUCCGGCUGUCCAUCCGCAACGUCGAGAUCGCAGCGAGCACGCACAUCGACGGGGGCAUCCCGUGCCUGAGCGGGCGCACCGCGGCGUACCGCACCGUCAUCCUGAAGGACCCCGAGUUCCUGCACGGCUUCACGCACGACUACUGGCUCGGCAAGUACCAGCUCAACUCGGGCGACGACAAGUUCCUCACGCGCUGGAUGGUCAGCCAUGGCUGGGCGACGUACGUGCAGUGCUGCAAGGAGGCGGAGCUGCUGAGCACGAUGAAGCCGGAUUGGAGGUUCUUGAAGCAGGUCCUACGAUGGACGCGUAAUACUUGGAGGUCAGAUAUGCGCUCGCUAUUCACGGAGAGGCACGUCUGGACUGCGCAUCCUUACGUUGCAUACACAAUGGUGGACAAGCUCUUCAACCCGUUCACGCUCCUUGCAGGGCCCGCGCUCGUCAUCUACGUGAUGUACAAGGGAACAAUCCCCGUUCUCGAGGGCGGCUACCACCUCCCACCGUGGAAUGUUAUCGUCAGCUACCUUGUCUGGCUCCUCGCGACAAGAACGAUGAAGCUCCUCCCUCAUCUCUACUACCGCCCCCAAGACGUCAUCUACGUCCCUGCGUUCAUCGUCUUCGGCUACUACUUCUCAAUCAUGAAGAUCUACGCCCUCUUUACGCUCCACAAGACUGGUUGGGGCACUCGCGCCGGCAUUGGUGACCCCACCGCUGCGACUGCUGCUGCAGACAAACGACCUUCCAACUGCGACCCCGAGAAGCAGGCAGCUUCAUCGCCAGUGCGCUCGUAUGCGUUCCCGUCGAGUCGGUCCCACAAGCAGGAUGACUCAUUCUACUUGCGGAGUGACCCAGGGUAUGCAUGA